UUUAGAGCUUGUUCGCAAAUGUACAGCUUCAGUUUCCAAUUUUGGUGAGGCAGGUAAUAAUGAGGGUCGCCCUAAUCACCGUCCCAGUUGCUGUCAUGGUGGUUAUAAUCACAGAAGUGGAGCUUGUUAAAGGAAGGAGAAGUUACAACCUUAACGGGGCAAGAGGACGCGGGUCAAGUCCUUCAGGAACGCCAGGAAAAUACACAGUAACAGGGAACCGACGACCAGCUUCUGCGGCACAGAAACCGAAGGGACCCAGAUAUGUCGUCCGAAAGCCAGGUUCCCGUUUUACGGGGGUGCGACAGAAAAGCCCGAAGGCCCCAGCAAGGAACAGGAAACCGGCGCCUACAAAUUGCAGGACCAAAAACACUACCCACAAGGCUCCAGCAAAGCAGAUUCCCUCAAAGCCCACCGGCAAUGCAACCACGGAUCACCCUCCAGCGGCUGGAACGCAACAAGAUGGAAGUGGGAAUGCGGUUGGACAUGGUGGAAUAAUGGACCCUAUGGCCAUGGGAACGGGAGGCAUGGGAAUGGGAGGAAUGGGAAUGGGAGGUAUGGGCAUGGGAGGCAUGGGAAUGGGAUACGGUCCAAUGAGUAUGACAGGAAUGUUGAUAACACAAAUAGGAAAUACAUUGGCCGAAGCUGCGGUCAAGAUAACGAAAGCAGCUGUUGGAGCGGAAGACUCCGGUACCGCUUCAGACGCUAGUGGAGGUGGCGGAGUGGAUGCCAACGCCACAGGAGGUGGAGGUGACGCAAAGUCUGAGAGUGGCACAGAACCAAGUGCAGUGUAAAGCAUGUAAAGGCACAUUGCACAAAGGUGCAUUCCAAGCCUGGGCACGUUCUUCUGUAUUACAAAGAAGCUCUACGACCGUACCUGAUUCUGGAAAGGAGAAGAAAACAGAAGACAUCGCAAAAUGAAAAAAAUAUAUUGUCUCGUGCUUUUCUUAUAUGAAUUCUA